AUGGGCAUGUUGCAGCCAGCAAUCGCCUCAAACUCGCUGGGCCACCUCAGUCUACACAAAAUCAGCAAGCGACUUGAUCAAGCGGCCGGCCAUGGGUUCCUCGAGGUAGAAAUUGUCGACGAUGACCUAGAUACAUAUGCUGGCACGUUACCAGGCGGCUUGAGCGAUGCGAAUCGAUUAGAAGCCGCCCGUCAUGUCCGACAAGAGUGCGAUCGGUUGGGCCUGUCAAUUAUCGUGUUUCAGCCUUUUAGAUUUUACGAAGGCCUUCUCGAUCGCGAUAAACAUGAAAAGAAACUCGAUAAACUUCGACUUUGGAUGCAGAUUGUGAAGAUUUUAAGGACGACCAUCAUCCAGAUCCCUACAAACUGGCUACAGACGGGUACGACGGGCGACUUAGACACGAUUGUACAAGACCUUCGGAAAAUGGCGGACGUUGGUCUUGAACAGGAUCCUGUCGUGUCCUUUGCGUACGAGGGCGUUGCUUGGGGUAAAUACAUCGACACAUGGGGAGGGACGUGGUCAGUGGUGCAGAAAGUCAACCGAUCCAACUUUGGCUUAUGCCUGGACACUUUCCACAUGGCUGGACGAGUUUGGGGCGACCCUCAAAGUCAGACAGGAAAGAGCUUGAAUGCCGACUCAGAUUUUCAGCAGUCUCUGGCAGAGCUCGUCGACAAUCUCGACAUCUCAAAGGUCUUUUACGUGCAGGCGGGGGACGCUGAACUGCUCAAUGAGCCACUUCUUCCAGGCUUCGCUCUGUACAACCCCGAGCAGCCUCCUCGAAUGACAUGGUCCAGAAAUGCACGUCUAUUUCCGCUCGAGGUUGACCUCGGAGGGUAUUUACCUAUCAUGGAUAUCCUUGAUGUAUUGGUGAACAAGCUUGGAUAUCGGGGACAUAUGUCGCUGGAGCUCUUUUCCAGGAAUGCUUUUGGCUCGGAAGAGAACACCCCAGAAAUGUUUGCCAUCAGGGCAGCCAAGUCGUGGACGGCCACAAUGGCGAAACUUGGUGUACAGUGA